CCCUGGUUGCCUCCCUCCCUCUCUCCCUCCCUUCCCUUCCCUUCCCUUCCCUUCCUUUCCCUUCUCUUCCCUUCCCUUCCCUUCCCUUCCUCCCCCACCAUCUCAGCGCUGGGAGGAAGGCGGACGGGGCUCAAGAUGGCUUUAACCCGGCUCUGCGCCCUGCUCGCCUGCUGCUGGAUGCCGGCGGCCGUGCUGGCGACCGCCGCCGCCGCGGCCGCCGCGGCCGCCGGAGGAGGAGGUGGUGGUGGAGGAGGAGGAGGAGGAGGAGGAGACGGGGACCCAUCCAAGGAGCUGGAGUGCAAGCUGAAAAGCAUCACGGUGUCGGCGCUGCCCUUCCUGCGGGAGAACGACCUCAGCAUCAUGCACAGCCCCUCGGCCUCCGAGCCCAAGCUCCUGUUCUCGGUGCGCAAUGACUUCCCCGGGGAAAUGGUGGUGGUGGAUGACCUGGAGAACACAGAACUCCCCUACUUCGUGCUGGAAAUCUCAGGGAACACAGAAGACAUCCCACUAGUGCGUUGGAGGCAGCAGUGGCUGGAGAAUGGCACUCUACUCUUCCAUAUCCACCAUCAGGAUGGUGCCCCAAGUCUUCCUGGCCUUGACCCAACAGAAGAGCCCCAGAGUGAGUCAGCUGAAGAGGAGCUGAGGAUUCUCCACAUUUCUGUCAUGGGUGGCAUGAUUGCUCUGCUGCUCUCCAUCCUGUGUCUAGUAAUGAUCCUCUAUACCCGUCGACGCUGGUGUAAGCGGCGACGUGUGCCUCAACCUCAGAAGAGUGCCAGUGCAGAGGCAGCCAAUGAGAUCCACUACAUCCCUUCGGUUCUGAUUGGUGGCCAUGGUCGUGAAAGCCUGAGAAAUGCACGGGUGCAGGGUCAUAAUUCAAGUGGCACCCUGAGCAUUCGAGAGACCCCCAUCCUGGAUGGCUAUGAAUAUGACAUCACAGACCUGAGGCAUCACUUGCAGCGGGAAUGCAUGAAUGGUGGUGAAGACUUUGCCAGUCAGGUUACCCGUACUCUGGACUCACUCCAGGGCUGCAAUGAGAAAUCUGGGAUGGACCUCACACCAGGAAGUGAUAAUGCCAAGCUGUCCCUGAUGAACAAAUACAAAGACAAUAUCAUUGCCACCAGCCCUGUGGAUGCCAACCACCAACAGGCAACCCUACUGUCCCACACCUCCAGCAACCAGAGGAAGCGGAUCAAUAAUAAAGCUCGAGCUGGAUCUGCCUUCCUGAACCCUGAAGGAGAUUCGGGCACAGAAGCAGAUAAUGACCCCCAGCUGACUUUUUAUACAGAUCCCUCCCGCAGCAGGAGGCGGAGCAGAGUGGGUUCUCCAAGAAGUCCUGUGAACAAGACCACCCUGACCCUCAUCAGCAUCACCAGCUGUGUGAUUGGCCUCGUCUGCUCAUCCCACAUGAGUUGUCCACUCAUUGUCAAAAUCACCCUGCAUGUCCCUGAACACCUGAUCGCAGAUGGAAGCCGCUUUAUCCUAUUGGAGGGCAGCCAACUGGAUGCCAGUGAUUGGCUGAAUCCUGCCCAAGUGGUACUCUUCUCCCAGCAGAACUCCAGUGGGCCCUGGGCCAUGGAUCUUUGUGCCCGGCGGCUCCUGGAUCCCUGUGAACAUCAAUGCGACCCGGAAACUGGUAGGCAGGAGCACCGGGCAGCGGGGGAAUGCCUUUGCUAUGAAGGAUACAUGAAAGAUCCAGUACACAAGCAUCUCUGUAUUCGGAACGAAUGGGGCACAAACCAGGGACCUUGGCCUUACACAAUAUUUCAGAGAGGAUUUGACUUGGUUUUGGGAGAGCAACCUUCAGAUAAGAUAUUCAGGUUUACCUAUACUCUAGGAGAGGGAAUGUGGCUGCCUUUAAGCAAGAGUUUUGUGAUUCCACCUGCAGAACUGGCCAUCAACCCUUCAGCUAAGUGCAAGACAGACAUGACCGUGAUGGAGGAUGCAGUAGAGGUCAGAGAAGAGCUGAUGACCUCAUCCUCCUUCGACAGCUUAGAAGUUCUCUUGGAUUCAUUUGGACCUGUCAGGGACUGCACUAAGGACAAUGGGGGCUGUAGCAAAAAUUUCCGAUGCAUCUCAGAUCGCAAAUUGGACUCCACUGGUUGUGUGUGCCCAUCAGGACUCAGCCCCAUGAAGGAUGGUACCGGUUGCUACGAUCGCCACAUCGGGGUUGACUGCUCAGAUGGAUUCAAUGGGGGCUGUGAACAGCUAUGUCUUCAGCAAAUGGCUCCCUUCCCAGAUGAUCCUUUGCUAUAUAACAUCCUCAUGUUCUGUGGGUGCAUUGAGGAUUACAAGCUUGGUGUGGAUGGGCGCUCCUGCCAGCUGAUCACUGAGACCUGCCCUGAGGGAGCAGAAUGUGGAGAAAGCCGAGAGCUUCCCAUGAACCAGACUCUGUUUGGGGAGAUAUUCUUUGGCUACAACAAUCACUCCAAGGAAGUAGCACCUGGACAGGUGCUGAAAGGAACAUUCAGGCAGAACAACUUUGCUAGAGGCUUAGAGCAACAGUUGCCAGAUGGCCUUGUAGUGGCCACUGUGCCCCUGGAGAAUCAGUGCCUAGAGGAGAUCUCAGAGCCCACACCAGAUCCAGAGUUCCUGACUGGCAUGGUGAACUUUAGUGAGGUGUCCGGGUACCCUCUACUGCAACACUGGAAAGUCCGUUCUGUGAUGUAUCAUAUUAGGCUUAACCAAGCGACUAUCUCCCAAGCUCUCAGCAAUGCCCUCCACUCUCUGGAUGGGGCCACCUCUCGGGGAGAUUUUGUAGCAUUGCUGGACCAGUUUGGCAACCAUUACAUCCAGGAGGCUGUUUAUGGCUUUGAGGAGUCCUGCUCCAUCUGGUACCCAAAUAAGCAGGUGCAGCGGCGACUCUGGCUAGAGUAUGAAGACAUCAGCAAAGGCAACUCCCCCUCAGAUGAAUCAGAGGAGCGGGAGCGAGACCCUAAAGUGCUCACAUUCCCAGAGUAUAUUGCCAGCCUAUCCGAGUCAGGCACCAAACGCAUGGCGGCUGGAGUUCGGAUGGAGUGCCAGAGCCGAGGCCGGUGCCCCUCAUCCUGUCCACUGUGCCAUGUGACUGCCGGCCCUGAUUUGCCCGCUGAGCCAAUUCUCCUGGAGGUUACCAAGGCAGCUCCCAUCUAUGAACUGGUUACUAACAACCAAACACAGCGGUUGUUGCAGGAGGCAACCAUGAGCUCACUCUGGUGUUCGGGAACCGGGGAUGUCAUUGAAGAUUGGUGUCGGUGUGACUCCAGUGCAUUUGGGGCAGACGGGCUCCCCACUUGUGCUCCUCUACCGCAACCUGUACUCCGACUUUCCACAGUGCAUGAACCUAGCAGCACACUGGUGGUACUGGAGUGGGAACACUCAGAGCCACCAAUAGGGGUACAGAUUGUGGAUUACCUCAUCCGCCAGGAAAAGGUCACAGACAGGAUGGACCAUUCCAAAGUGGAGACUGAAACAGUAUUGAGUUUUGUGGAUGACAUCAUCUCUGGAGCCAAGUCCCCUUGUGCCAUGCCAUCUCAGGUGCCUGACAAGCAGUUCAGCACCAUCUCUCUGAUCAUUCGCUGUCUGGAACCUGACACCACCUACAUGUUUACCUUGUGGGGAGUGGACAACACAGGACGACGUUCCAGACCAAGCGAUGUGAUAGUGAAGACCCCCUGCCCAGUGGUAGAUGAUGUGAAGGCCCAAGAAAUAGCAGACAAGAUCUACAAUCUCUUCAAUGGCUAUACCAGUGGAAAGGAACAACAGACUGCAUAUAACACCCUCUUGGAUCUUGGCUCUCCCAGCCUCCACCGAGUCCUUUAUCAUUAUAACCAACAUUAUGAGAGUUUUGGCGAGUUCACAUGGAGAUGUGAGGAUGAAUUAGGCCCCAGGAAAGCUGGACUCAUCCUCUCCCAACUUGGAGACCUCAGCAACUGGUGCAACGGCCUUCUCCAGGAGCCCAAGAUAAGCCUACAGCGCACUUCGCUCAAGUACUUGGCCUGCCGCUAUCGGGAGAUCAAGCCUUAUGGAUUGGAGUGGUCAGAGCUUAGCCGAGACCUCAAGAAAACCUGUGAGGAGCAGACACUCAGUGUCCUGUACAAUGAUUAUGGAGAUAACAAAGAGAAAUAGAAAUGCAAGGUUCCUGCAGGGGGGCCACCAAGACUGAGCAGGAGGGAGAAAGGGCUUUUGCAUUGGUUUGUUGAUUAAACUUUUUUUCCCCCAAUGGACUCCUGAAACCUCCAAAGGCAUAAUAAUGUAAACAGGGAGACACAUUCACUCCUCUCCACAGGACUUCUUUGGUAUGAAAUUCUUCUUCAGCAUGACCUUGCCAGCCUGAGGUUUCAUACAAUGCCCUUUUCCUUUGAGGGAUUUCUUUAGGAUUUUUUUAUUGUUGUCGUUAAUUUGUUUCACUCACUUUUCUAAGAGUUCUGUCAAACUGCUCCAUGCUCCAGAUGAAAAAGCUUUCUUUUCUCCCUCUGUCUGAUCCCCACGCUCCUCACUGUGUCUCCUUCCUGUCCCACGUGGUGAGGGAUAUACUCAGAGGAAGAGCUGAGAGUUCAGGCCAUUAGACUUACCAAGCAUAUGCAGACUGUAGUGUGGUAUAGGAGUGUAAACUAUGGCUAAGGAUGGGUUUGAAUUCACCCAUUACAGAGCUCCUGAUUUUCACAAAGGUGUCAAUGGGGUAAGUGUGGAGUAAAUAAUGUCUACCUCCUCCAUCCCCCAUUCAAUUCCUUGCUAAACAGAUUGUAAGUGAGAUAUUCCUAUAGAAUUGGGGCUGAGGGGAGAACCCAAAAGAAACCUCCUCUGGAGAGAGACUUCUGUCCAUCUCUCCUAUUUUCUCUUUAUUUCCUCUGCCUCAUUGCUACAUUAGGAACUUUAGGGUAUCUCUUUCAAGGUGAGAUUUACCAUCAUUUUCAUGUAUCAUAAUAUAGAAGGGGACCUCCAGAACUUUCUAGAACUUCUGGCCAUUUUUUUUUUCCAUCCAGGAAGGACUAAAUGUAAAUUCCCCAGGGCAGGUAGAUCUUUUCCCAGUUCUUUGGUAAGGAGGAAGUGGAUUCCUCACCUCCUCCCCUUCAGAUAGAUAUUCUGCUCUGUGGAAUUGGGCCUUCCCCAUUGGGAAAUAAAAGUUGGGGCAAACAAAUGUGCCUCUCUUGGUUCCUGCAACAUUACUUCCAUUUUGGGCCAGAGAGAAAUCAGUUUUGUUCUGGCAUUUUGUCCAUAGAAGGCCACAUUACCAGGUUCUCCUUAGUUUCCUCACCAUGCCCACCCCUACCUAUAGACACUGCGUUUACUUGAUAAUCAUCAUAGAAUGGAUUAAUUUCCUUCAUGUCAGUGUUUUAGCUUGAAAAAUGCUUGUCAAUAAAACCUCCUAGCUCUUUUUUCCCUAUGAAUCUUGCUAAAUUAUUCAGUUAAUCUUGCAAAUCUUUUCUCUUGAUGGACAUUCAGGGGGUGAGGGCUCCAGUGAAGGUGUCCCCGCCCCCACCACUCUGAGUUGGAGCCAGGCAGCACAGAGAGUUUGUCUAGGCAAGCAUGGUGGAAGCUCAAGGCCUUCCUAUUUGACACUGCACCCUACAAGAAUAGGUAUUAUUGUGAAUUUUCACCCAGUGUCCCACUAGGAUAUUUAGCCAGUUGUCUUCCUCAGAUGCCAGCCCAAAUGUUGAAGCCUGCUUGAGCCUUCACUGCCUUCAGCCUUGUGCUUCUUGCUUGGAAGGACACAGGGAAGGUGGGGAAAGAGAGUUAGAAGUUGGGUGAGGUCAGGCACUGAGUAAGCUAGACUUUGACUUUUGUGAGAGCAGUUGAGGAGAUGUGUUCACUCACCCUCUAAACUUGAAAUUUAGGUGAAUCUAGAAAUCUGUUCCCCAUAGGAUGAUGCUCAGGGGAUUGCCUCAGCUUCCAGAGAGGUCAGUCCAAGACUGGGUAUUGCUUUCCUGAGGGACCUUGACUGAUGAAAGAGCCAGAGUGCAUCAUUAGACCCCUGAUACUCCAUCACUCAUGAAUGUCUCUCCUUGCUCAGGGGGCACCAGUUCUAUAGCUUGUCCUAUAGUUUCACUUAUAUGUCUGUAAAUUGAACUUGACCUGGCCCCUUCUUCCUAAGAGUGAAGCCCGUAAGUAAGGAGCAGUUUGAAUCUUGGGUUCAAAGAAAGUAAUGAGGUCAGCAGGUCUGUUUUCUAAAGGCCAAACUUCCAGCUCUACAUGAUAAGCAGAGCUGGCUCAUACUUUUCAUCUUCUAGUGGACCUACUUGAGGGAUUUCUGGGGAUCUGUUUACCAUAGCCAACAGAGGACUCUGUUCAUUAGCACUUCCCCUAUGUCAGUACACAACCUAAGGUGAAAUGUUGAGGUUUUUACAAGACCUUUCUAUUACCCUGCUCUCUCAACAGAGAUUUCUCACUGACAAGAGUGAUUUAGUAUUUAGUAAUUAAUUAAUAAAGACCAAGUGGGUAGAGAUUGGGGUGGGGAGGGGGAAUUGCCUUUGGUGCUCCUUACUGCCUUUGCCUCCUUUUCCUCUGGAAAAGUGUUAGAAUUAUAAUACCAAUAUCUUCCCACCCUUGUGGUAAGAGUGCUGAUGGAUCUUGGAGAAGAGUGAAGUAUACCGUCAUCUUGGAGUCUUGCCCCUUUCUCAGCUGUUGCCUCUGAUGUAUUGCCUUCCUCUCUCUUUCUUACUUUCUUCUUUCCCUUUUGUUCAUAUUCCUUAUCCCUUUGACUGUUUUCCUUCUCUUCUAUCUUCUUUCUUUAUCCUCUUUUACUCUCUAUUUGCUGCCUAGCUCAUUCUACCUUAAAAACCCUUCUUUUUAUUCUCACAAUCCUCUUCCCUUCCCUGAAUUUCUAUAGAAUUUACUUCCUCUAUUUUCCUCUCUUCCAUCUCUCUACUUUCUCUUUACCUUGGUCUUGGUCCCAUACUAGCACCAUUGACCCUCAGGGUAUAAAAGAGGACCCUGUAAGAACAGGGGCAUCCUUAGGACAGAUGAGCAAUGUUGUAGGAAUUAUAGUUCUAUCAUCACUAGCUGGCAUGCAAUGAAGUUGCCCCAAGGAUUCCCUAUAGUUAGAAGUUGAUAGUGGUACCUUUUCAGUAUUAAGCCUCCCAUUUUCCAGACUGCCAAACUAAUCAGUCCUUAGGUACUUUCUUUCCUUUCUUCUCCCUCCCCCUCUCCUCUCCUCUCCUCUCCUCUCCUCUCCUCUCCUCUCCUCUCCUCCCUUUCCCUCUCCUUUUCUCACUCUCCUUGACUCUCUCUCCCCUUCCCUCCCCUCUCCUGUCCCUUCCCCCCAUCCUUCUUUUCUGUCCCCUCCCCCUCCCACUUCCCUUACACUGAGGGAGAUGUUCUCAUGCAGCCAAACUUCUUCUGCAGUUCCCCCUUGAACAUACAUGCAUCAGUCUCUAAUAGCACCACAGCCUUAACUCACCUUUCAGUUCUUUUUCUUUGGAGAUUGGUCCAUUCAUUAUUUUGGUUAAUGAUUGAAGACAACCACCCUACUUCUUGCUAUUCAGAUGAUCUAUUAAGAACCUAGUGUGAGAAAAAUCCUUACUGCUGUAGAUGGGAUGAAAGAACACCAUGUGACCAACUUCAGGUAUUACAGUAAUUAUUAAAAAAAAUAUUGUACAAUUGUUUUUAAAAAUAUGAAAAGUUAACUAAAUAUUAAACAAAGAUGUUAGUAUUCAGUUGA